AUGGAUUCCUCCGCCGCCAUUCGAUCUUCUCACUACUUUAUGUCCCAUAUGCAAUCCUCACUUCAGAAACCAGUUGUAAUCCCCAUAAAAAACGUUGGAUGGAACUUUCAAAGUAGGACUUUCUUCCAAAGCUUGGCAAUUAGUGAUAAGCACAAUGAUUCUCACAACAAACGGAAGAAAACACUAGUGUCUUGCUCAAAACCAACAGAAGCUAUUGACACUAUCAAGUCCGAGGCUUCUUUGGACAACAUUACAAAAGAAUCAUUGGAGAAAAAUCCUUUGCAAAAAGCUACAUUUCCUAAUGGAUUUGAGGCUUUACUAUUAGAUAUAUGCGAUGAGACUGAAAUUGCUGAAGUGAAAUUAAAGGUUGGAGAGUUUGAGAUGCAUGUGAAGCGAAGCAUUGGAGUAGCAGAUGCGCCAAUUUCCCACAUUUCACCAGCUACACCACCACCUGUUUCAACUGAACUCAUAGUUGAAUCAACAACUUCAACCCCACCACCUGAACCAUCUCCACGAAAAAACAAUCCGUUUGUAAAUGACUUCCAUGGUAAGUCAACAAAGUUGGCUGCAUUGGAGGCAUCUGAUACCAAAAAUUAUGUCUUGGUAGAAUCUCCUAUGGUUGGUUCAUUUCGAAGAGGUAGAACUGUGAAAGGGAAUAAGCAACCUCCUAUAUGUAAAGAGGGAGAUAUAAUCCAAGAUGGUCAAAUUAUAGGCUAUUUGGAUCAGUGUGGCACUUCACUUCCUGUGAAGUCAAAUGUGGCUGGAGAAGUGUUGAAGCUAUUCUUUCAGGAUGAAGAGGCUGUUGGUUAUGGAGACCCUCUUAUUGCUGUCUUACCAGCCUUCGACAAUGUCAACUGA